GUUGUUUACAAGUUUAUUUGUGGGAUGCUCUUCCGUCCCAUAGCAGCAGCAGCAGCCGCAUCGCACUCUCCCAGUUGGUCUUGUCGGGCAUGACAUGCAAUUUCCCUCACUUAAUAGCAACUGUCCCGCGUCCACUUUCUCGCAAUCGCAAACCAAACUCGGAGUGUGAUAGAUCUCCGAAGACGACGGUUGUGUCUCGCGCUGGCCAAUCGUUUAUCGCUCCACUGUAGGAACAGGCCCCCUUAUCAAGUGCAUUCGCUGCCUGUCUUAUUGUGCGGUGGUCUGGAACAGCAGUAGCAACAUGAGUGAAUCAAAGUGCAAAUGUGGUCCGGGUUAUGCAACACCGCUGGACGCGGUUCGGAAUGGUCCAGUGGAGAAGCUGCUGUACGUUGUAUGCGUACAGCCGAACCUGGACGAGGAGCAUGGUGACUAUCUCGCUACGGUGGACGUUGAUCCCGCCAGUCCAACGUACUGUCAGGUUAUCCACCGUACGUACACUAAUAGCAAGCACAAUGAGCUACACCACAGCGGCUGGAACACCUGCUCCAGCUGUCACUUUGUCCCAGGCGGCAAGGAAGUGCCUACGCGCGAUCGGCUCGUACUGCCCUGCCUGAACUCGGACCGCAUCUUCGUGAUCGAUACCGGGACCGAUCCUCGCGCACCCAAGCUCGCCAAAGUGAUCGAGGGCGACGUGCUGAAGGGUGCGGACUGUACCGCACCGCACACCACGCACUGUCUGCCGAACGGCAACAUCAUGAUCUCGGUCAUGGGCGAUGCGGACGGCAAUGCGAAGGGUGACUUUGUCGAGUUCGACAAAAACUUUGAGCUGGUCGGCACCUGGUCCCGGGGUGAUCGGAAAGCACUCUGCGGGUACGAUUACUGGUAUCAGCCGCACUUUAACGUGAUGGUCGCGUCGGAGUGGGGCGCCCCGAAGCUGUUCCGCCGCGGCUACCACCCGACGGACUGUGACGAUCGGACGCAGUACGGCUGCCGGCUGAACUUUUACCGCUGGCAGGAGCGCGAACUGUUCCAAACGAUCGACCUCGGGGACGAUGGGCUAACGCCGCUCGAGAUACGCUUCCUGCACAAUCCGCGCGAAAACCAGGGCUACGUUGGGUGCGCGUUCUAUGCGAACGUGUACCGCUUCUACCAGAAGCCCGGCUCGGACGAGUACACCGCCGAGAAGGUGAUCGAUGUGCCGGUGAAGAAGGUGCAGGGCGAGAACGGCGAGAUCGAAAUGAUGGGCGGCAUGAUGACGGACAUACUGAUCUCGCUGGACGAUCGCUACCUGUACUUUAGCAACUGGCGGCACGGUGACGUGCGGCAGUACGACAUCAGCGAUCGGGCCAAUCCACGCCUUACCGGGCAGGUGUUUCUGGGCGGUGCGAUCCAGCGCGACGCGCCGAGACGCGUCCUCAACGAUCCGGAGCUGAAGGAAGCACCGGCACCGGUGUUCUUGAAGGGGCGCCGCCUGCUCGGUGGACCGCAGAUGCUACAGCUAUCGCUCGACGGCCGCCGACUGUACGUGUCUUCGAGCCUGUUCUCGCCGUGGGACAAGCAGUUCUAUCCGGAGAUGGUGGCGGCCGGCGGUACGAUCGUGCAGCUGGACAUCGACGUCGAGAACGGUGGCAUGAGGCUGAACGAGAAUUUCCUGGUGGACUUUGGCGGCGAACCGUACGGUCCCGGGUUGCCACACGAGAUGCGGUACCCCGGGGGCGAUUGUACAUCGGACAUCUGGCUAGUUAAUGAGUGAUGCAGUCUGUUUCUUCUGUUUUUUAGUUUACAUAGUUUUACAGGCAUUCCAUAAUAUUCAAGUGAAAACAAGGUGCAAUUAUCUGUACAAUUGAAUAAAUUACAUUGAACAAUUUAAUAAUAUGAUGUCUGUUACGUCAAACAUUGAACAAAAAGGUUUGAUUUGAAAUCGUCUUACAAACUUCUUUGCUCUAUGAUAUGUUUCAGGAUCGCUAUGGGGUCAAUAUUUGUUCCAAGACCGAUAUGAAACCAUAAUCCCCACCUUUACGAUCAGUGCCCGUACCGUUAUAAAGUCUAUAUGGCUUUCAGGACCGAUAUGAGUUCAAGAAGAGUCCUCAGGGUUAGUACCGGAAGAGGUUCAGGAUCAUUAUGGGAUCCGACCGUCAUGGGAUCAGUAUCUGUUCCCGUACUGUUAUGAGCUCAGGAUUAGUUUCAGGACCGGUAUGGGUUCUAGACCUUAGUUUCAAAGGCCGAUGUGUGUUCAAGGAUUAGCAUGGGGUCAGGAUAUAUUCCAGAGCCUGUAUGGGUUCAGGAUCAGUUCCAUGACCUUUAUGGAUUCGUGAGCAAUUCCAGGAAUUUGUUGAAAUCAAAUCCAUUGCCGAUCAAAUGGGUGCAAUUAAAUCAGAUUCCUUAGAAAUAAGGAGCCCAUAGUCUUCUGAAACUCAAAUCCAUUUAGCAAAUUGGUACCAAUUGUAUAGCAAAAAGAUAGAUUUUAAUAAGCCCUGUUCAUGUUAAAAAAUAUUACAGGAAAACUAGCAUUACAGUUUGUGUUUAAAAAACGAUAGUUGUUUCAAUUCGCAACGAUGCUAUGCAGCAAUGGUUUGAAUUUACCUGAAAAUAAAAGCAUUUCAUUUUCAGCUU